UGUUCCUCAGUGCACUGACUGAACAUCGCGACAAUAGCCUAAACGGUGUGUGCUUUCGGCUCCAUCGUCUAUUCAUCCACGGCUCUGAAUCUGGCAGACCUGCACAGGACAUGGUGUUUUGUGUGGAAUUAGGCCUAUCAGUGUCAUCUGUCUGAGAGUCGGGAGAGAGAGAGAAAUAUAGAGAGAAAUAGAGAGAGAGAGAGAGAGAGAGAGAGAGAGAGAGUGAGACAGAGAGAGAGAGAGAGACAGCGCAAAGGAAUCCUUGGCAUACACACACGUCGGUGUCUCGAUGUGAUUUUGAGUGACUGGCUGCAUUCUUGUGGAGACGAGCGGAACGGAUAAACCUAUUUUCAUCGUCUCACCCAUUUGCGCGGAUAGCGGCUGGUGCAUGCCCGUCUGGGUUGAGCAUCUAACAGCGUCUCUUUCUGCUGGAGCUUGGCUGAUCCGAGCUGUCCUUGGUCGGGCGUGGAGGGAGCCGAGAUGAGCGCCUUUCGGAGGGGUAGCUGGGUGUCUCUGUUGGAGUUGUGUUGGGUAUUGAUGGGACUGUGGAGGCUCGGGGCCGCCUGCCCUGCGUCCUGCUCCUGCAGCGGGACCAGGAUCGCCUGUGUGGACCAGGAGCGGGGCAUCAUGGCUUUCCCAGUGCUGCAGUCUGAGCUGGAGAUGGACAACAUCACGGACAUAUAUAUUGCAAAUCAGAGUAGCUUCUCAUCCAUCAAUGACAAAGACCUGCAUUAUUACCGGAACCUCACGAAUCUAACUGUGACUAACAGCAGGCUUACCUAUGUAUCUCGACUGGCUUUCCAGAACAACCUCAAACUUCAGUAUCUGAAUCUGAAAGACAACAACUUGUCAUCUCUGUAUUGGAGGAUAUUUCGACAUUUAAACAUAUCAAAUCUGAUUCUUUCAGGGAACCCGCUGCACUGUUCCUGUGAGAACAUGUGGAUGAAGCUGUGGCUGGGAGAGGAGGCUGAUGCUCAGGAGCUCAAAUGUAUAGAGGAGGGUGGCGGGAGGAAACCUCUCACCAGGCUCAACCCCCCUCACUGUGUGGUUCCCAUGGCGACUCUGAGCCCAUCCAAGGUGACGGUGCAGGAGGGUGCUGAUGUGGUGUUGACAUGCAACACCUCUGGAGCGCCCUCUCCUGAGCUCAUCUGGAACAUGAUCCCACUCGUCUCCUACAAUGAGAUUGAGGCCUCAGGACAGGUGUCUGAGCUCCAUCUCUAUAACCUCUCCUCACUGGACAACAACUGUAAGAUCACCUGCAGCGCUGAGAACAUUGUGGGCGAGAAUGAGUCCUCAGUCUUCCUCGACAUCCUCUUUCCCCCUAACAUCAGUAAGUUGAGUGAUGCCUACUCAGACCACCACUGGUGCAUCCCAUUCAGUAUGUCUGGGAACCCAAAACCUGAUCUCCGCUGGCUGUUAAACGGGGAGCCGGUAAAUGAGGGACCCUACAUCAUGACUAUGAUCCAUGACUUCUCUGAGAGGGAGUUCCACGGCUGCCUGCAGCUGGACAGCCCCACACACAUCAACAACGGACCGUACACCCUGCUGGCCAGCAACAAGUACGGACAAGACCGCAAGACCGUCGAGGCUCACUUCAUGCUUGACCCCUUUGAUGGAGGAACAGUGACAGAACCACUUUACUAUGACCCAACUACAGAGGACACACCUCUAGAGCCACCAGAAGACAGAGUUGCUGUAUAUGUGGUCGUAGGGAUUGCAGCAGUAGCCUUCAUGGGUUUUCUAUUGAUGCUGGUCAUCUUGAAAUUCGGGGGAAACUCAAAGUUUGGAAUCAAAGGUGCGUCAUCGGUGAUCAGUAAUGAUGACGACUCGGCUUCUCCUCUCCACCACGUGUCCAAUGGCAGUAACACUCCGUCCUCCUCUGAGAUGGGCCUAGACGCAGUCAUCAUCGGCAUGACCAAGAUCCCCGUUAUCGAGAACCCUCAGUACUUCCGCAGCAACAGCAUGCUCAAAUCAGACACCUUUGUCCAGCACAUCAAGAGACACAACAUAGUGCUGAAGAGGGAGUUGGGAGAGGGGGCGUUUGGGAAGGUUUUCCUGGCUGAGUGCUAUAACCUGUCUCCUGAGCUCGAAAAGAUCCUGGUAGCCGUCAAGACCCUGAAAGAGGCUAGUGAGAAUGCAAGGAAGGACUUCCACCGAGAGGCUGAGUUGCUGACCAACCUGCAGCACCAGCACAUUGUCACGUUCUACGGUGUGUGUGUGGAGAGCGACCCCCUCAUCAUGGUUUUUGAGUAUAUGAAGCACGGGGACCUCAACAAGUUCCUCAGGGCUCACGGUCCCGACUCCGUGAUGAUGGGCGACGGUCCGACCAAUAGGCCCGUGGUGUUGACCCAGUCCCAGAUGCUGCACAUCGCCCAGCAGAUUGCUGCAGGCAUGGUCUACCUGGCCUCCCAGCACUUUGUCCACCGAGACCUGGCCACACGUAACUGUCUGGUGGGAGAGAACCUGCUGGUGAAGAUCGGUGACUUCGGCAUGUCCCGAGAUGUGUACAGCACGGACUACUACAGGGUAAGUGUGGGGGGUCACACCAUGCUGCCCAUCCGCUGGAUGCCUCCAGAGAGCAUCAUGUACAGGAAGUUCACCACGGAGAGUGACGUGUGGAGUCUGGGCGUGGUCCUCUGGGAGAUCUUCACCUACGGCAAACAGCCCUGGUACCAGCUCUCCAACAACGAGGUGAUUGAGUGUAUUACACAGGGGCGUGUCCUGCAGCGGCCUCGCACCUGUCCCAAAGAGGUGUACGACCUGAUGCUGGGGUGCUGGCAGAGGGAACCCCACAUGAGACACCACAUCAAAGAUAUCCACAGCUUACUGCUCAACCUAGCCAAGGCCUCUCCUGUCUACCUGGACAUCCUUGGCUGAGAGAGAGAGAGUGUGUGUGUGUGCGCAUGGUUGAGUGUGUGUUUGAAGCUACGAUCAAACUCUUUAAGGCAAUCAGAAGAUUCCCCAACUAUUCCCUUGUGCCCUACCCUACCCUCCCCCUCUCUCUCAUACUUUCUUCCUACUUCUACUCUGUCAUGCAUCUCUUUACCCACCAUCUAUUUUCUUCCUACUCAAGAGACAUUAAGAAUGGUUUGCAGUGGGAAGGCUUCUCCCAUUUCUUCAAAGGCUUUUUAACGGCGCCUAAAUGGUCUACUGUAAAUGGCUAAGAGGGCUGUACUAUAGUAUAUACGAGCAGGCAGUGGGAGGUGCCAUUUGGUCCAAUUGGUUUCUGGAAACUCCAUCCUUCUGUAAAUAAAACCCCUGGAGUCCAGAAGAGGUGCCUCCACUGCAGAUGGGUGAUUUUGUCUCUGUACAUACCGGACAUACAGCUACCAGACCCCAGCGAUGUCCUGAAAAGACUUGAGACGCAUUGCACCAUCUGAGGAGACAUAGAAGCAACCAGACUAUUAUUUCCCCUCAUGUCAACAAGGCAUGACAUAAGACAUUUCCCCUCAUGCUGACAAACAACAACAAAUGAAAUGCUAUAACUAAGUGGUAUUCAAAGUCAGGGCAACAAAUGGAGGUUGGGGGGACCAAAAAAUUAAGAGCACAGAUUAUUGUAUGGGACAAUAUAAGAUCAUUUGAAAAACAUUUUAUUCAGUAUAUUUAUUUAUUUGUUUCUUUUCAUUUUGGUAAGAUAUGAAAAUGCAAUGAAUUUAAUGUUAAUUGUGAAUGUAAAAAUUCUAUGAUUUUAAGGUUGAGUCAUAAAAUUUUGGGUGGGGUCGUAAAGAAAUUCUUGGGGGAAAAAAAUGGGAUCCUCAUAAAUUCUGAUGAAAGAAAUGGGGUCCCCACUAAAAAUGUUCUAACUGAGAAAGAGAGUUUGGGCGGGGUCUGUGUGAGAUGGUCCUUUCAUUGUUAGUGGUGAGGAUCUCCGUUUAGGCGUGGUUGGGUCAACUGUGGUAGAAUCAUGACACACACACACAUCUCCACCCCCUACUACAUAAACACUCAAAAGGCUUCUGAAGGAAAUUUAAUUGUGCAUGUUUUAUUAUUUUAGUCCUGGCCACAGUGCUUUAGCCACGCAGCCCCAGCCCUUGUCAGUAAUGGUGUAAUGUAUAUUUCAUUAAGGAGCUCAUGUUGGCCAUUAGCACAGUCUCCCCUCAGACAUGUAAGACAUUGUUUUAUGGGAGGGAAAGGAGAUGAGGAAGUGGGGAGAAGGAGAGAGACAGCGAGAUAGAGAAGAGUGAAGAGGGAGAGCACGAGGCCUGAAUGUCUGCAGGGAAAUAGAGAGAUAACAUCCAUCAUAGUGAGGUCUGGACGGUUUUAGAACCCACAGCUCUUUACUUCACACACCUCGCAUUUCUAUGGGCUCCUCAAC